AAUCAAAAAGCCGAAACCCUAAGAGAAAAACAGAAAUCACCCAAUUUCAUCACUUCCUGUCCUCAUUCUCAUUCGUUAUCCCCUUUCUUCUUCAACCUUCUUCGUCGCGCCAAACCCUCUGUGGAGAAAAAUAAAUUCAAACCUUUUUGAUUUCGUCUUCCUCAUUAUUCUAGCAUUCAUUCUCUGUUUUACCAGGUUGUCAAUCUACUGAAGCUUGGAAGACCUUAUUUGCAUUCUCUUGCAUGAUUCAAAUUCGUGCCAUUUGAAUUUUAUGCAUGAGUCAAUUGACAAGAUUUCAAGAGCCUCGCCAGCACGAAGGUGCUGAAAGUCAUGUUUGUGGGAUUAGGGAAUGUACCAUUGUGGGUGUCGUCAGUGAAGGAUCUUUAUCCACUUAACAAUCACGAUCUUUUGGCAAGGGAAAGCUUCAAUUUGCCUUGCUAGUUGCGUUUGGAGCUGCAAAUUCUGCACUUGACCAGACUCUUUUUUCAUUUUUUAAUUACAUAGUUCUUAAAGUUCGGAGGUUACAGUCAAAUGUCAGAAGGCAAUAUGGCAAUAAUUAAACCAGAGGCUAUGAAGUCUUAUAUUUGGAUACAAACUUCUGAUGGCUCAAUCCAGCAAGUAGAAGAAGAGGUUGCUAUGUUCAGCCCAAUGAUUUGCAGGGAAGUGCUACAAAAUAACAUGGGAUCAACUAAGAACUGUGCUAUUUCACUUCCUCAACGAGUAAAUACAGCCAUAUUAAGCCUAAUACUCGAUUAUUGCCGGUUUCAUCAAGUACCAGGUCGCUCCAAUAAGGAGCGUAAAUCUUUUGAUGAGAAGUUCAUCCGAAUUGAUACAAAAAGAUUAUGUGAGUUGACGUCUGCUGCUGACAGUUUACAACUAAAACCUUUGGUUGAUCUCACCAGCCGAGCACUUGCUCGGAUGAUUGAAGGGAAAACACCUGAGGAGAUUCGUGAGACAUUUCACUUGCCUGAUGAUCUCACAGAGGAGGAGAAGCUGGAGCCUUUAAGAAACACAGCUGAUGAUCCGCGAAUCAGGCUGCUCAAUCGACUUUAUGCCAGAAAGAGGAAAGAAUUGAAGGAGAAGGAAAAGCAGAAGACUGCUGAGGUUGAAGAAGAGCGGGUGGACGAACGCUCUGUUGACGAUCUGUUGUCGUUUAUCAAUGGUGGAGGCGAAGAUGCGAAGUCGGCUAAAGCUCCUAAACAUAAAAAGAAAAACCGUAAAAAGAAAGAUCAGCCAAAAGACCCAUGUUUGAACAAUGGUAAAGACAAGAAGGAACCUGAUGCUCUUCCUUCUGCACGCUUAAAUGGUGAAAUCAGCAUCAGUUCUAGUCAGACUUCAGAAUUCCUAGAUUUAGCAGAUGACUUAACUAAAAUUGAUUUUGAUGAUGAUAUCGACGACGAUGAGCUAGACCCUGCGAUGAAGGAAGAACUUGAUAGGGAAGUAGAGGAUUUUGCUAGGAGACUGAAUUCAGAUUGGCCUGAAAGAAUGCAGGAGAUCCUGUCACUAGGCAAAGAAGGAAGGCUUGCUCCCAUUUCAUUGAAUGGAAACGGUUCCUUGAGGAGAUACCCUAGUGGGCUAGACCAGAGAUGAGUCCAUUUGCUUGGGGGUGGGUCCAGCGAUUCUUUGCAUCACAAAUGGAUUUUUCUUUUCAUGAAUGAAAUAAAUAAUGUUAUAGGUACCAAUACAAGUUCUAACGCAGGUGGAUUUAAUUGUAAUUUUCUUGGGGUUACGAUAUACUUUGUAGAUGCGGGUGACAAUAUCAUGUUCAUACGUUGUAGAUGCAUACAAAAUCGUGCUCUUUCUGACAAUUAUAAUCUUUUCUAUCUGAUUGAACAGGUGAAA